CAAUUUUUUUUGUAACAUUUUAUAUUUCAGGGCCGCUUUCGAGGCCGUUAGUAAACUUUCUAUUCGGCCUAUCGAUCGGCAGUCAUUGAUAGAUUUUAGACUAACACAACUACCAGAAGAAAAGCCACCUGACGAUGAUUUUGAUCCAAGGGACCAUAGAGAACCCAAAGCCCCUAUUAAACCGUGGAUGGCGUACUUCAAUCUCAUGCGAACAUUAUGGGGCGCUGGUGUGCUGGGUCUGCCUUUAGCUAUUAGUCAAUCCGGUAUCAUACUUGGACCCAUAAUGACAACGGCGUUGGGCCUUCUUAUUAUACACAUGCAUUUGACUUUGCUAUGGUGUCUCAAUGAAAUCAGUCGACAACUGAGGAUUCCAUACAUUUCUUACAGGUAUGGUUUCCGCGUAGCGCUUUUACAUGGACCUACCAUUUUGCACAGAAUCGGAGAAAAGGGCCCAAUGAUAAUAUCAAUAUUUAUGCUUAUGAGUCAAUUAGGGAUUUGCACGGUUUUCGUCAUAUUUACAACAGAUAGUUUAAGAGAUAUUAUGGAUUGGAAAACUUCAAAACCGGCUAUAUUGUCUCUGUUGAUUCCUUAUCUAUUCCUACAAUAUUUUAUGAAGACAUUGUCAAUUGUCAGCUAUAUAUCAAUGCUUGGUAAUUACUUGAACAUAGCGGGUCUUAUACUGAUAAUAUACCUCAUAUUCUUAGCACCUCAUGGAGUAAUCGUGUACGCGUGUACUGAUCCUAUAGCUUUAUUCUUCGUCAUUGGAACUAUCUUGUUUAACUUGAGCGCGGUUGCUGUCAUACUAUCCAUAGACAAGGCUUUAAAGGAUCCAAAGGUAUUAACGAAACCGUGCGGAAUGCUAACAGUGGGCAUGUUUAUUCCAACCGUUUUUACAACUGUGUUCGGUGUGCUUGGAUACUGGUCUUUUGGCACGAUGGAGGAAAAUGUCCUAAGAUCUUUGCCAUUCGAUGAUUAUAUAUCAAUGGCAUCGAUUGGUUUAUACCUUAUAGCCAUAGCCUUCGCCUACCCCAUACAAUGCUAUCCGGCAAUAUCCAUGAUUGUUGACGUGGUCAAAAAUUGGCACCCGCAAGACCCGCCAUCUGAUGAGAUGUUGAAAUGGAUUGACGCCACAGCCAGACCCCUGUUCGUUAUAACUUCAUUUUUCAUAUGCUACCUUAUCCCCAUACAAGGAGCAUUUGUGGCAUUUGUGGGCAAUUUAUGCACCACCAUGCUUGCUUUCGUAUUUCCAGCUUUGAUGGAACUCUGUAUUCUGUACCCCAACGAUUAUGGAUACUAUAAAGUAUAUCUGAUCAAAGAUCUUCUUAUAGUGCUGUUUGGGAUGACUUCGUUUUUAGUAGGAGUACCUUUGUGCGCUUAUCUUAUUUAUGUACGUGUACUCUCUUUGAAAGCUGUCAAUAAUGUUGAAUUUUAUUGA